UAAAUAUUUGGUUGGAAUUAUUUUUCGAUUGGGAAUUGAUUGGUUUGUUUUUUUUUCUUUUGCUUAUUCCUUUUAUAAAUGGCCACUACUUCGACUACAAAUACUACAGCAACAGGAACAGGAGCAACAGUAACAAAUGGUGAUAAAAAAGAUAAUGAAAUUGAUAUUGAUCCAAAAUCAAAAGCUGUAUUUUUAAAAAAAGGUUAUGAAAUUCUUUAUAAAAUUGGUAGCGGUGCAUUUGGACAGGUAUAUAUGGCACGUAAUUUUAAAAAUGAAAUGGAUUGUGCUGUGAAAGUAUUAGAUUUAGGUUCAAUGUCGAAAAAAGUAUGUGAAAAAUUUUUACCACGUGAAUUAUCGGCUUUGAUGGAAGUAAAACAUCCAUAUGCAAUACGUGUUUAUGAUAUAAUCCGUUCGAAUCAUCGUAUCUAUAUAUUUAUGGAAUAUGCUGGUAAUGGUGAUCUAACAUCAUAUGUUAAAAAAAAUAAAUGCUUAAAAGAACCAUUAGCUUGUUUAUGGUUUACACAAGUAUCGGAAGCUGUUAAUUAUUUACAUACUGAAAUACAUAUGGCACAUCGUGAUAUCAAAUUAGAUAAUAUUUUAUUGGAUAAAAAUUUUAAUUGUAAAUUAACUGAUUUUGGUUUUGUUAAUUUAAUUAUGGAUGAAACCGAUAUUAAUGAUGUUGUUAGUCAAACAUUUUGUGGUACAUUACCAUAUUAUUCACCACAAUUAGCAUCAAAAAAACCAUAUAAUCCAUUUAAGGCUGAUGUUUGGGCAAUGGGCAUUGUAUUAUAUGCAAUGUUACAUAAUCGUUUUCCAUAUCAUUUUAAAGAUGUUAAAAAAAUGGUUAAAGAACAAUUAGAUUAUCCCGGUUUUAUUAGAUCACGUUUUUCAUCAGAAUUAUCAAGACCAGCACAGGAUCUGUUUUUAUUAAUAUUUCAUCCAAAUGAUUCUAUUCGAAUAUCGAUGACCGAAGUAUUAGCACAAGAAUGGGUAUCAAAAAAAGGAAAAUGUGAAUGUGAUUGAUGAAUGAAUGAAUGACAUUUACACAUCAAUUUUCGUCUAUCUGCUUCAACAAAACACACCUUGCAUUUUUUUCAAAAUUUUUUUGAUUUUUGAUUUUUUGAACCAAUUUU